UACCAUCUCUCUUUUGAAUCACAGGAAGAGGAGAAGGAGGUCUAGUUGUCCAUGGCUCUGGCGUCCUCCACAACAGCUGCCAUUAUGGCAGCACUGGCACCAGCACAAGCACGGGCAUCCCUCUCUCAUUCUCAUUCUCACUCCAGACCAAGAGUCUCUCCUCUACAUUCCUCCUCACCACUGCCAUCAUUCAAGAGGACAGAAUUUUGUGGGCUGAAUUCACUCUCUCCUUCAGUAAAAUUCUACGGACAGGGACGUCAGAGCUCAGCCUUCCAAGACGCACUUGCCCAUCAGCUUACAGCUAAGGCUACAAAUUCUGUGUCUGUAAAACUAGAAACUGUGGCUAAAUUGAAAGUGGCCAUCAAUGGAUUCGGGCGUAUUGGCCGCAAUUUCCUUCGCUGUUGGCAUGGCCGCAAGGAUUCACCCCUUGAGGUUAUUGUAGUUAAUGACAGUGGUGGUGUUAAGAAUGCUUCUCAUCUUCUGAAAUACGACUCCAUGCUGGGCACUUUUAAAGCUGAUGUGAAGAUUGUGGACAAUGAAACUAUAAGCGUCGAUGGAAAACCGAUCAAAGUGGUUUCAAACAGAGAUCCCCUGAAGCUGCCAUGGGCAGAGCUCGGAAUUGACAUUGUCAUUGAGGGCACUGGAGUGUUCGUUGAUGGACCAGGGGCUGGGAAACAUAUUCAGGCCGGGGCGAGGAAGGUAAUCAUUACAGCUCCUGCUAAGGGUGCUGACAUCCCAACAUAUGUUGUGGGUGUCAAUGAAGGCGAUUACGCCGAUGAGGUUUCCAACAUUAUCAGCAAUGCCUCCUGCACAACAAACUGCCUUGCUCCAUUCGUCAAGGUCCUGGACAAAGAGUUCGGUAUUGUGAAAGGAACAAUGACAACAACACACUCUUACACAGGGGACCAGAGGCUUCUGGACGCAUCUCACAGGGACUUGAGGAGAGCCAGAGCAGCAGCCCUGAACAUAGUUCCAACCAGCACAGGGGCAGCCAAGGCAGUGUCUCUGGUGCUGCCACAGCUGAAGGGGAAGCUCAAUGGAAUUGCUCUGCGUGUGCCCACUCCCAAUGUCUCUGUGGUCGACCUGGUCAUCAAUGUAGAGAAGAAGGGAAUAUCAGCAGAGGAUGUGAACAGUGCCUUCAGGGAGGCUGCAGAGGGCCCACUCAAAGGCAUCCUUGCUGUCUGCGACGUGCCCCUCGUUUCUGUCGACUUCCGCUGCUCUGACGUUUCCUCCACUGUCGACUCCUCUCUCACCAUGGUCAUGGGCGACGAUAUGGUCAAAGUGGUCGCUUGGUACGACAAUGAAUGGGGCUACAGCCAAAGAGUGGUGGAUCUGGCACAUUUGGUGGCAUCCAAAUGGCCCGGGAUAGCAAAGGGCGGAAGUGGGGAUCCGUUGGAUGAAUUCUGCAAGACAAAUCCAGAGACAGAUGAAUGCAGGGUCUACGAAGCUUAACUUGAUUCACUGUCACACGCUCAUUUUUGCACUUUAAACCACUGUGUAUCCUCCUCAUCUUUAUCUCUUCUGUAAUGACUCGACUUCAUUCAUAGCGUACAAAGCUCUGGAUGGACCAGGGGAAAAUAACGAAUUGUACCCGCAGAAUCCACCAUUCCGAGAUUUUAAUUCUUUUUUAUCUCCAGCAGUGAACGUUGAAACCUUUUUUGGCUUGUGGAUCGCAGCCAAUAACGAAGAAUUUGGUCUGUAGUUAAGAUUGUAGUUAAAUUUUCUAAUCUCUUCCAUGCUUGUCAUGAUUGUCGAAUAGGACAUUCUGCUAGCAGUAAAAAGAAAGAUUAAUUUGUUCUCUUAUUUCCAAUAUACAUCUUACUGAAAAUGAGAAAACUUGCAGGUGAAUCUGCAGUUAAAUUU